AUGAUGUAUUCUCUCGUGGCGUUAUUGUUCCUCUCGACCGGCAUCGUUCAUAGCAGCCGACUGCCUCACGUUUUUAACAAACUGCGAGUCGGGAGGUAUCCUCGGACGAUAAAUUUCGAUAACAGGCCUCUGAGGUUGCACGAGAAAAACCAAUUUUACACCAUCUACGAGAACUUUCCGCUGCGAAAAAAUUUGAGAUUCGAUGACAUUACGUCACUUUUCCCGCCAAAAGCCAAAAUCGUAACAGAUUCGCUAGAAAAUACGUUCGAUGAGAACGGCAUGAUAUUAUUGACACGUCCGCGCAAUGAUGAAGACAGAUUAUUGAACGAAUUGCUUAACGAUGUCAUUUUAUACAAAGCAGCGAAGAACGAGAGAGCUCUAAGAGAUGGGAAGCGGGGAGUUAACAGGAAAGAAUCUUUGAAAAACGUAUUAAGAAGUAACGACAAUUCGAACUUCGACAGCGCUGCGACGCCGAAACUUGUGUUCGAUUUUAACGAAAUUGUAGGU